AUGAGAGGGAAAAGAGGCAGGCCGCCCAAAUCGCUACAAGCCGAGGAGCCGUCCCCAGCUACGGCCCGGGGCUUGCGACCCAGGAGGAAUCUUAAGCCCAGGUUGCGGGACAGCGGGGACGAGGAGAGCCCCACAAGGGAGACCACCAAGCCGGCGAGAAAGAAGAGAGGGGGACCCGGCACGUCAACACGGGGCAGGGGAAGAGGUAGAGGUGGCGGCGGCGGCAGAGGAGGCAGAGGGGGUCGUGGAGGAAAGCGGACGGCUGCAUCCAAAACAGUGGUGUACGACGAUCACGAGAGCGAGGAGGAGGACGAUGCUGUCAGUUUGAGGUCCGAGGAGGAUGAGUAUAUUGAGGAGGAACCUCAGUCCGAAGAGGAUGAGGGCCUCAAAGAGGACUCUGACUGCCUUGAAGAUGAUGUGCUGGACGAGGAGGAGGAGGAUGAUGCCAGCUACUGUACAGAGAGUAGCUUUCGGAGCCAGAGCACACACGCCAGCACUCCGGGGAAGAAAAAAGUACGAGCUCCCCGGCCUCGCACUCCCAUCCUGGAGGAGAAGGAGAUUCCUCAUCUGGAGCUUCCUAACACCUCUGAGGAUCUCCUGGUGCCUAACGAGGAGCUGCUCAAUGCCACCUCCAUCUACGAGGUGCUACGGAACUUCAGCACGGUGCUGCGUCUCUCCCCCUUUCGCUUUGAGGACUUUUGUGCUGCACUGGUAGGCCAGGAGCAGUGCACUUUAAUAGCAGAGACCCAUAUUUCCCUUUUGAAGGCCAUCCUACGGGAGGAGGACUCCUCCAACACUACCUUUGGCCCCGCUGACCUCAAGGACAGUGUCAAUUCCACUCUGUACUUUAUUGACGGCAUGACAUGGCCUGAGGUGUUGCGGGCGUACUGUGAGAGCGACCGGGAGUACCAUCAUGUCCUUCCAUACCAAGAAGUGGAUGAGUAUCCCUACGGCCCUCUUGAAAGUAAGAUCAAGGUGCUACAGUUCUUGGUGGACCAGUUUCUCACCACCAAUAUCGCCCGCGAGGAGCUGAUGUCGGACGGCAGCAUGCAGUAUGACGAUCACUGCCGUGUGUGUCAUCGCCUGGGUGACCUGCUGUGCUGUGAGACCUGUUCAGCUGUCUAUCACCUGGAGUGUGUGAAACCACCACUGGAGGAGGUUCCAGAGGACGAGUGGCAGUGUGAGAUUUGUGUGGCACACAAGGUGCCUGGUGUCACAGACUGUGUAACGGAGGCACAGAAGAACAAGCCCUACAUCCGCCAGGAACCCAUUGGAUAUGACCGGCACCAGAGGAAAUACUGGUUCCUAAACAGAAGGAUUAUUGUGGAAGAGGACGGGGAGGACAAGAAGAAAAAGAUCUGGUACUACAGCACCAAGGCGCAGCUGGAGGAGUUCAUGGAGCGCCUGGAUAAAGAGUACUGGGAGAUGGACCUGCACGCCACUCUGGAGGAGAUGAAGGAGGAAGUCCAAGCUCACAUGGACAUCACAGAGGACCUUACCAACAAAGCCCGUGGAAACAAUAAAGCCUACCUCACUGCUGUCAACGACGUGAUCAUGGAGCAUUUGAAGGUCAGGCGGGAGGCACAGGAAGCAAAGAGGCGAGCAGAGGAGGCAAAGAAGGAAGCAGAAACGGGCUCGGUUAAAACGGCGGAGGACACCGCUGAGUCCAGCUCGCAGCUCGACAACAGAGAGCACAAAGACGCCGAACCCAAGGAAGAGGCUAGUUCCCAAGAUGAAGAUGUGAAAGCAGGGUCUAGCAGUGAAGUCGCACACCCUGACGACUCGCAGGCGCCGACCCAAGAUCAGCCCCAGCAGCCGUCGUCUCAGCCAGAGACGGGCGGCGGCGGCGGCGGCGGCGGCGGCGGCAGCCAGGUUUCUGGAUCUGGGAGCCUCAGGAAACUAGACCCGCCUGACCUGGCUGAUCGGUCCUCUCAGUCCUCCUUCACCAGCCAGGACGGGACAGACGAGUACAACGAACGGGUCAAGAGCGAUAGGCCGAGAGCGGCAGGACAGGAGCUGAAUAACCGAACACCCAGAGGCAGCAAAGACUCGUCCCCUGUACGCUCCGAUGGCGAAUCUUCGCGGCUCAGCUUCUUGAAAAGAGACCUGACUGUGAACCUGAACAGCUUGUUCAAACUGGGUCAGGAGGGGAAAUACAGGGUCUACCACAACCAGUACAGCACCAACGUCCUGGCCCUCAACAAACAUCAGCACCGCGAGGACCACGACAAGAGACGCCACCUGUCCCACAAGUUCAGCCUGACCACGGCAGCCGAGUUCAAAUGGAACGGCUCCAUCUACGGCUCGCGGAGUCUGACUGUCUCCACCCUGCGUCUCACCAUCAUCCAGUUGGAAACCAACGUGCCCGGGCCAUUUAUGCAUCCCAACUGGGCAUCGCACAGGACCAACUGGAACAAAGCAGUGCAGAUGUGCAGCAAGGCCAGGGAAUUCGCUCUGGCCUUGGCCAUACUGGAGUGUGCCAUCAAACCAGUCGUCAUGCUGCCUGUCUGGAAAGAUUCUCUUGGACACACAAGGCUCCAUCGCAUGACCUCCAUGGAGCGGGAGGAGAAAGAGAAGGUGAAAAAGCGAGAGAAAAAACUGGAAGAUGAGGAGACGCUGCAGCAGGCCACUUGGGUGAAGUACACCAUCCCCAUCAAACACCAGGUGUGGAAGCAGAAGGGAGAGGAGUACAGAGUGACUGGUUACGGUGGCUGGAGCUGGGUCAGUAAAACCCACGUGCCGCGUUUUGUUCCAAAGCUCCCCGGGAACACAAACGUAAACUAUCGCAAAGAACUGGAGGCAGCUAAAAUGACCAAGGAAAAUGCAGCAGCUUGCACAAAUAACCAGAAGAAGUCGACGGAAACUGAGAAGCAAAAUGCAGCGAAUGAGGACAAGGAGCAAGCGUCUGUCACUGCAUCAGCACAGAGCACUUCAUCAGAGGAGGAGGACUGCAAACCUCAGAACUCAGAAGGGGAAGAAAAACCCACAGAGAAGGAGGAGGGGAAAACUGUGCAAGAGAAGAGAGAAGAUGAAAAAAUGGAGGUUGACCCCUGCCCAGAAACUGUUGCCUCAAGUCACGAGAAAGACCAAGUUGAAAACAAAGACCCUCCCUCGCCUUCUGUGGAGCCCGUGAGGGAAGAGCCGGUGCAGCAUGUGGAACAACCCAAGAAGGAGGAGGCCGCCGCAUCAAACCUUUACUAUGACGUGGUGAAUGUCAGCGAGGGCUUCCAGCUGCGGACGGCUUAUAAGAAGAAGGUAAAGCCUUCCAAGCUGGACGGGCUCUUGGAGCGCCGGGUGAAACAGUUCACCUUGGAGGAGAAACAGAGGCUGGAGCGGAUGAGACAGGCGACCCUGCUGUCCAAAAUGGCUGCCACGAAGCCCAAUUCUGGAGUUAAGACUGAAGGAUCCACGUUAGGCAAACAGCAGCCUGCUGUGACUCCCUGCGUUAAAGCAGAAGAGAAGGAGGAGAGCUUACAGGCGAACGACCAAGUGGUUAAAAAGCUUGAAUUUGAGGAGGAGCAGACGGAGGAUAAAACAGAGUCGGCAGCAACAAACCACAGCAAACAGACGGAGGUGAAAGCUGUGCAGGGGAGUGGAGCGGAGGCCUUAGCCCAUAAAGAGGUGAAUGGAGAAUCCUUAAAGAACACCGAGCUCAGCAGUAAAAACAAUUGUAUAUCGGAGGCAAUAGAAAGCAAAGAGAAAACACAGAAGCCAGAGAACGCCAAGAAACGUGGAUAUGAGGAGAUGGAGCAAGGCGGCGCGCAGAGCGACACCGAGAGCGCCGACGUGGACCGAAACAAGACCGGUCCCGUGCAGGUGAAUGGGAAAACUGCGGUCAGCACGACGGAGGACUCGAGCAUCAAUUCAGACCCGUCCAGUGAAGUCCAGGGUGACAUCAAAGAGCCUGUCAAGUCUCUGAUGAACGGAGACCUCUCGCAAAACGAUGCGUCCGACAAAUGUCACCCACCUCCGCUGAAAGUCCCGAAGUUGGAGAACCACGUGGCGGAGAGAGGAGACGCUCUCGGUAAGAGUGAGGACGGUGAGGGGACAACGCCUGCUAAGCUUCCAUCGUCAAGCCCCUCCUGCGUGAAUAGCAAUAGCACCGACAACGGCAGCAGUAGCGAAGGUUUGAAGUCUUCAGUCGCCACCACAGAGCCUCAAAAUGCCUCAACGACUGACGCAUCCCGCAGCGUUGCGUCAUCUCAAGCGGCGACCACCGCUGUCUCCUCUGUCACCGCUUCCGCCACCGCCCAGUCCAGCUCCCUUGCGCCCGGGGCAGUUGUCUCCCAGAAGGCCAAACUCCCAGUCACCGACAGCAAGACGAGCGCCUGUGGUUCAACAACAACCAGCUCCAUGACUAUUAGUAAAGAGUAUUCCACCAGAGGCCGAGUCAGCCUUCUGAGGUUCUCCAAAUCCAGGAAGGCCCGCUCGGGCACCGCCCUGCCGUCCUACCGGAAAUUCGUCACCAAGAGCAGCAAGAAGAGCAUCUUCGUCCUGCCGAAUGAUGACCUGAAGAGGCUGGCGAGGAGAGCGGGCAUCAGAGAGGUGCCCAUCUUCAACUACAACGCCAAGCCUGCCCUGGAUAUAUGGCCCUACCCUUCACCUCGGCCCACCUUUGGCAUCACAUGGAGGUACCGUCUCCAGACUGUGAGGUCGCUGGCGGGGGUCAGCCUGAUGCUGAGGCUGCUGUGGGCGUGCCUCCGCUGGGACGACAUGGCCGUUAAACCCUCCGCCGCUGUGGGGACGACCCGGAAAGAAACCACGGACACGGACAUCACCACAACAGAGAUUAUAAAACGAAGAGACGUUGGGCCUUACGGCAUCCGCUCAGAAUACUGCAUCAGGAAGAUCAUCUGUCCGCUCGGAAACAGAGACACUCCCAAAGAAACCCCCACUCCACAGAGGAAAGGCCUGCGCUCGAGCGCCUUAAGGCCCAAGAAGCAGGAGCCGGCCAAGCUGACUGGGCCUAUCGCUGUGGAGACAUGGGUGCCUGAAGAGGAGAUGGAGCUGUGGGAGAUCAGGGCCUUUGCAGAGAGGGUGGAGAGGGAGAAAUCACAGGGUAUAGAUCCCUCCAAGACUGGCAGUGCUCUGAAGACAGCCGAGGAUGUCAAGGCCCAUUUGGAGAAUCAGCUGAAACAGGCCAGACUGGCUGCUCAACAGAAACGUCUGGAGCUGCAGAGACCGAGUACAACUGCCACCGUUUCCACAACAACCGCCACCCCCACCUCAGCCAGCACUCCCAGCACCCCGGCGUCCACGGGCCAGAGGACGGGUCAGGUCACAUCUGGAACCAAGAUGGUCCUCGCCUCCAAACUGGGCUCUCCGGUUUCCUUCCAGCAAGACAAGAACUUCCACCAGUCUUUCGCUUCCUGGGUCAAGCAGGGUCAGACCAACAACAGCUCAGCCUCCUCUGGCUCGGUGGCCACCGUGGCCAGCGGCAUCACCGCCUCAGAGCAAACCUUCCAGAUCGCUGGCAGCCCAGUGACUGUGGCUGGCCAGGUCCUCGCCGCCAAACUCCCCCUGCCCGCUAACAGCAAGAUUGUCACGCUCAACAUGCCCACUACUCAAGGAGGUGUAGUCCAGCAGAAAGUCUUGGGCAUUUUCCCCUCUGGGCCUCCUGCGAACCUGAGGACGUACAGCACACUACAUCCUACGACUGGCAACAUCAACCUCAGAGCCACCACCUCCGGCUCAACUACUCAGCAACAGGCCACUACAGCAGGAGGCCAAACACAGCCAGGCACUACGAUGAGCCAGUCCUCUCCCCUGUCUACCUCUGUGGGCGCAGCAAUGGUCCGAAGUCCAGCGUUGGCUCCGCAAGGCCAACCUCAGCAGGCCGUGACCCAGAUGGGCCGCGGGCACCCUGCAGCCACGGCUGUGCCUGGUUCUACACCUGUGCAGACGGCGGCAAAUCAGAGAGCAGCACCUUGUCCUGCACCGUCACCUCGUGCAGGCACCACGGCUCCUGGACAGCCCCCUGUAGCUCCCCCGCAGGCCAACAGACCGCAACAGGGUCAAGUCAAACUAACUAUGGCACAGCUCAUGCAGCUAACACAGGGCGCUCAGGGUGGAAACCCAGGUCUGACAGUGGUGAUCCAGGGUCAGGGCCAGACCCAGGGCCAGCUGCAAAUCAUCCCACAGGGAGUAACGGUCAUCCCUGGCCCUGGUCAGCAGUUAAUGCAGGCGGCCAUGCCUAAUGGCCAGGUCCAGCGCUUCCUUUUCACUCCCAUGCCCCCGUCCCCAGCGGCUUCAACGUCAGCACCCAGCAUUGCGAGCCCUACAAAGCCCGCCAUAUCUCAGACCCCUCAAACCCAAAUGUCACCUCCGGUUCAAGCCAGAACCGCUGCGCAGGUCCAGACGACUCCCUCAGGCUUAGCCCAAACGCAAAUGGCAGCCCCUCUACCUGCCCCAACACAAAUGCCAAGUUUGGCCCCCGCCCCGCCUUCGAUUCCCAUGCAAACACAAGUUGCAGCCCCUGUGCCCGCUCCGGCACAAGCUGCAGCCCAGUCACAGGUUUCAGUUGCUACCCCAUCACCCAUCCCUGCACAGUCGCAAAUAUCCACUCCUGUGCCUGCGCUGCCGCAAGCUGCAGCCCAGGUCUCCACCCAGGUUUUAUCCUCCUUACCAGCUCCUAUCCUCGCACAACCCCACAUGGCGAGAUCAGUGCCUGCCCUGGCACAAAAUGCAGUACCAGCUAUGACUCAGAAAGUCUUCGCCUCAGCCCCUGCACAAAACCAAACUGACGUCCAAGCCAUGGUCCAAUCCCAAGUCUCCACCCUCGCCCCAGGCUCAUUCGCUACACCAACACAAACUGCAGUGUCGCUACCUGUCUCGGGACAAGUUGCACCCCAGGUCCAGGCCCACGCCCUCAGCUCUUCCCCAGGCUUAUCCUCAGCCCCUGUCCAGAUGCAUGUUACUGCCCCCGCCCCCGCUGUAGCGCCUGUCUCAGUCAAGACUGCCCAAGUUGCCGCAGCUACAGCAGCCGCUACUAACCUACCCCAAAUGCAAGCCUCUGCCUCUCUUCCCUCUGCAGUCCCAGUUCCAACCCCUGCUCUUGCUCCUGUCUCUGCCCCCGUCAUAGCCGUCGUGUCCACCCAUAUCGCUGUCCCAUCCCCAGCCAAAGCUCUAACCCAAAUCCAAGCCACGGCUCCGGUUCCCCUUCAUGCUGCUGUGGCCAGUGCAGUUGUCACACCAGUCACAGCCACCUCUACAACACCUUCAGUGCCAGCUCUGACAGAGCAGAGGGCAGCUGAGCCCCAGGUUUGGACUCCAGCCGCAUCUCAAGCUCAGACUCCAGUUCAACCAGCUCAGCAGGCUGCAGCCCCCAUUCAGGCUCCUGUCCUGGCCACUGUACCUGCCUCUGCCCCUGCAUCUGUCUCCACACAUUCACCUGUUACCCCUCUGCCUCAAGCGUCUCUUACUCCUCAGUCUCAAGCACAAGUCCAGCACCCUGCUGUGGUGUCCGUGCAGCAGGUGCCUCAAUUGCCGGUCUCAGCAGUGCAGGUUCACAUGAAGGGACUACCGGUCUCUUCUGUCGUGACGACUGUGAGACCCUCCCAGCCUCAGCUCCAGCCCCAAACCGGUACUCAACUACAACCCCAGCCUCAAGCCCAGAUCCGUGCACAGAUUCAGGUCCAGCCCUUUGGCCAAGUCCAGCAACUGCCACACAUUCAGGCUCAAGCGCAUCUCCAGUCCCAAGCACAAGCCCAAAUCCACCCCCAGGUCCGAGUUCAGUUUCAGCCGCGGGCCCCCCAAGCCCAAGUGCAGCCCCUCGCUCAAAUCCAACCUCAGGUUCAGUUUCAGUCCCAAAACCAAACCUUGCCCCAGGUUCAGGCCCCAGCCCACGCCCAACUCCAGUCAAGGGUCCAACCUCAGUACCACCCCCAGGUACAAGCUUCAUUUCAAACACAGGCGCAAACCCAACCCCAGGCUCAGCAACAGCCUCAGGUCCAACCUCAGCCCCAGGUUCAGUCCCAGCCUCAGGUUCAGUCUCAGGCCCAAACACAACUCCAUCCCCACGUUCAGGUCCAGUUCCAGCAACAGAGCCAGAUUCAGCCUCAGGCCCCGCAGCAACCCCAGGUCCAAACUCAAGUCCAAACCCAGCCCCAGUUUCAAGUCCAGUCACCGCAGCAGACCCAGGUCCAGCAACAGCUUCAGGUCCAAGCCCAACCCCAAGUCCAAGCUAAGCUCCAAGUCCAGUUCCAGCCUCAGAACCAAAACCAAGUUCAAACACAGCCUCAGCUUCAGGUCCAGUCUCCAAUCAGACAUCAGCUCAUCACUGUUCCCGGCCUGCAACAGCCAGUCCAGCUGCUGUCAGCCCUGCCACCCCACGUGGCAGCCCAGAUCCAAGCCCAGAUCCAGGCACAGGCACAGCAGCAGGGUGGCACAGUCCCACAGCAGAUCAAACUGCAGCUGCCUAUCCAGAUCCAGCAGACAGGGGGGCAGAUUCAGGCCCACCAGAUCCAGAACAUGGUGACCAUACAGGCACCAGCAAGCGUCCAGGAGCAGCUUCAGAGAAUGCAGCAGCAACAGCAGCAGCAGCAACAACAACAACAGCAACAACUGCAACAACAACCACAACAGCAGCAGCAACAACAACAACAACCACAACCAAAGAAGAAGAAACACCACGAGGCUAAAAGGGAACACAAAGAUCAGAAUCUGCAGACUGUUAGUCCCGGGGAUGGCAUCCAGAAACAGGCGGUCGUGAAGCAGAAUGCCACAGCAGAGCAGCUGAAACAGAGGAAGACCCUGGCUGCAGCGGAGAGAGAGGAGAACCAGAGAAUGAUUGUGUGCAACCAGGUGAUGAAGUUCAUUCUCGACAAGAUCGAGAAGGACGAGAAGCAGGCGGCUAAGAAGAGGAAGAAGGAGGAGGUGGUGGAGCAGAAACGCUCCAAGCAGAACGCGACCAAGCUGACCGCGCUGCUGUACAAGCACAAAGAGCAGCUGAAGGCUGAGAUCCUGAAGAAGAGGGCGCUGCUGGACAAGGAGCUGCAGCUGCAAGUACAGGAGGAGCUGAGGCGGGACAUAGCCAGGCUACAGAAAGAAAAGGAGAAGGCCCGAGCUGCUAUCACCCAAGCUGCUGCAGCGACAGUCAAGGCGGCUUCUUCCCACUCCUCCCAUCCUUCUCACUCCACACAUUCCUCUCACAGUGCCCACGCAGUGACCUCACCUUCCUCAUCCCAUAAACGCAAGAGGGAAGAAGAGAGGGACAAAGCAAAACACAAGAAGAAGAAGAAGCUCUCUUCUACCUCAAAGGAUCACAAGAAGGACACCAAACUGUACUGUAUCUGCAAAACACCCUACGACGAGUCCAAGUUUUACAUAGGGUGCGACCUGUGCUCCAACUGGUUUCAUGGCGCGUGUGUCGGCAUCACAGAGAAGGAGGCCAAGAAGUUGGAGGACUUUGUGUGUAACGACUGUAAACGUGGCCAGGAGGGAGGAAGCAACGAGGAGCUGUACUGCAUCUGCCGGACACCAUAUGACGAAUCACAGUUUUACAUAGGCUGCGACCGCUGCCAGAACUGGUACCACGGGCGCUGUGUGGGCAUCCUGCAGAGCGAGGCCAACCACAUCGACGUAUACGUGUGCCCGCAGUGUCAGUCCACAGAAGACGCCAUGACAGUCCUCACGCCGCUCACUGACAAAGACUAUGAAGGGUUGAAAAGAAUAUUACGCUCGUUACAGUCUCACAAAAUGGCAUGGCCUUUCCUUGAACCAGUGGAUCCCCACGAUGCACCUGAUUAUUAUCGCGUGAUAAAGGAGCCAAUGGACUUCUCCACGAUGGAAACCCGUUUGCAAAAGCGACAUUACCACAAGCUGACGGAGUUCGUGGCCGACGUGACCAAAAUCUUCGACAACUGCCGCUAUUACAACCCCAACGAUACGCCCUUCUUUCAGUGUGCCGAGGUGCUGGAAGCCUUCUUUGUACAGAAGCUCAAAGGUUUCAAAGCGAGCAGGUCUCAUAACAACAAGCUACAGUCUUCUUCAGCCUCUUAGAAAGCAUCGCACAUUGCUCAAACAAAAUGCACUUGCCAAGAAUAUGGCUUUUCUGAACUGUAACUCUGUGACGGACUCUGCCUCAGCCUGUGUUUGGGAUCUGCUCCUCUGACUGUUGGUGCACCCGGCACUGCUGCUUUCACUGAACUGUUGAGGCAGAGCUGCCCUCUGCCCAUUUCAGCUCUAAGGGACCUUUUUGGACCUUCAUCAGUGGGACUGUACUGAGGAGCGUGAACAACUGAGGCAUUUCAGAAGAAAGUUUACCUCGGAGAAAAGACUCUUAAAGGAGCUCUCAUAUUUCCAUGUACUUUAUUUUUUUGAUCUCAGUCUUUUUAUUUUUAUUUUUUUUUUCUUGUUAAAAAUCCCUCAGGCCAUCCUUGUGGUCAUCAUGUCCAAGAAAUAGGAAGCUGAAUACUGACUGUACAACGGCUGAGUUUUACUGAGCAUAAUGUAUCAAGAGUUUUGUGUCUAAAUUCAGAUAUCAUGGUGGAACAACUUUUUUUCUCCCAUUUCCACUCAUUGUUUAGUCUGAAGUGGCAUGAAAGACAGUUGUACUAAAUAUCUGGACAUCAGUAGUCUGCUUGGUUAAACUUCUAUAACCUACUUAAAGUAUGGUAAUAAGCUAUUGUAAAUGAAUUGCUCUGCAGUAGUGACUGACUGAGAAGGAUGAAACCGUGUAUUUGAAGGUUCCUGCCCUGUUUGUAAAAAUUUGUCAGAUUUUGACUUGAUUCCUUUUUCUUUUUUUUGUAUUACAGCUGAAGAAAUAUUGAUGUAUAUGGAACUUAAUAAAAUGGA